AUGCAUGCAUUUGAAGCCUUUUCACACAUGAUCCUUGAGGAGUUUCCUCUUACGUUGGAAGUUACCUUACAGGAGCAACUCAAAUGUCUGAAGAGGAAGAUUCUUAUUAUUGAACCAGAUAAUUGUACGAGCGGCAAGAACUCGCAAGACGUUGUGUAUAUGAAGUGUUCCACGGAUCAAGGUGAUAAGAUGUUGGAUCAGUUUUUGGAUAUCUUGGAUGUGAAUCUUGGUGAGAAGUAUACUAAAGUGUCGAAGAAAAUAUAUGAGAAUGCUCGACCUUGGAAAGUGAAUAAAUUGGAAGAGAUGCGUUCUCCAGGGUUAGUGUAUGUUAGUUACUGGGACGAGGAAUCUGAUGAGCCAAUGCUGUUUUUAAGUUUUAUGUUGACGGAAGAAGAUGGAUUUACUGAGGAUGAUAAGUUAUUGUCUGUGGUUUAUCUUUACGAGAUUCAAAUAUUACCAUCACUUCGAAAUCGGAAAUUGGGGACUCGUUUACUUGCUGAACAUCUUCAAGAUGCAUGUUCUCGAUUACGGAGUGAGAAUGGUGAAUUAUUGGAGUAUCCAUUAAUUGGCAUUGAAUUGACUGUAUUUAGUGAUAAUGAGAAUGCUAUAAAAUUUUACAAAUCGAUUGGAAUGGAAUUGACGCCUGAUUCACCAAGAGACAGAGUUGCCCAUUUGGAAAGAAGGCGAACUAGAGGUAUGGCACAAAAUAUUUCUACUUCUGUUGGUAGAACAAUCGUUCAAAAACCGAUAUACUAUUUGUUUUAUUUACCGUUGUCGAUAUAA